UCCUCAAGCCUUAGUUGUUUGCAAGUACGGCUUAUGUACGAUGCGGCCUGUAUUCCUGUAGUUACGGUAUCGUACAAUACAUCCAUGAUUCAGUGUUGCCAGAUUGGGCCAAAUAAUCUCGGAUAUAAAUAACAAUAAUCGGGUUAAAUAACUUCACAUGGUGUGUCUGGUGUGUUUCCAGCAUUCGUAGUGUUGAUCAGCAGAGAUAUAGUCCGCCAAGACGUUUAGGUUGCUUAGCAACCAGAGACUCUGUCCAUGCAAAUGAACGGAGCGUUCCCUCUUCGUCAUAACUAUCAAACCAAAAAUCCUUCACAUUCACCGAGCGAACAUUAUGAAAGUAAAAUGCACAUUUCUCGCUAAAAAUGUUUCCAUAAACGCAUUUAAUGGCGUAACUAUGUUACUAUUUCCACCCAGAAUAAAGAAAGAUGUCGGCCGUAUGCUUCUGUGCAAGCGUCACUACUCACUACUGCCAGUGACGUCAGGUCAAGCUCCACGCUGAUUGGCUAUCGCGGCUAAGCAUCACGCGUUGGAGCGCAGAAAGUUAAAUUUUUUGAACUCCGGGCGUUGGUGCGUUGGGCGCGUUAACGUACGUAAUUACGUGCGUCUGCCGCGUCUAACGCCCCUCACGCAACACUUCAACGCGUGUAACGCGUCUACGCGCCUAGACCAAUGGUUCCCUAUGCAAAAAUGCAGAUUUUCAAGGCCCCUAACGCGAGUAACGCGGUUGGUGUGGCCGUACCUUAAGACCGAUAGAUCAAAUAAAUACUAGGUAACAGUCAUUUGUUACUAUUUCACAUCUUAAUUGCAGCUGGGAUGAAUGAGUUUUUAUAUUUUUUGAACCUGGAGUUAGGCAUUCUAAUUCGUCUACCUGAUGGUUGCAACCCCAUUUCCUGAUUCAGUAUGUGGGUUGGAUCAUUCAGAAUCGUAUGUGCCUCACUGAGCCCUGACUUUUCAUACAGCAACUGUAGGUAGCCCUGUUCUUGGUGGCCGACAAUUUUAAAGCUGAACAGACGCCAGAGCAUUCAAUAAAAACACCCAAAUACUUAUAUGACGUAACCUGACUUAUUGGUAUGUUGUGAAUAAGUAAACGAUUAGGUUCACAGAUUGAUCUUGGGUCAAAGUUGCUAGAUUGGGUGGGAAAAAUGGCACAAUCUGGCAGCACUGCCACCAUCCCUAAAUUAUGGAGCGGAUGGACCCAUGGACCUUCUGCCUCCGUGCUCAGGCUUUCAGACCCAUUGGUGCUUUACACUUAUAGCACUAGUACUUAUGCCGACAUGGUCGUCAUGAAGAAAAAAAAAGACUACAAACACUACCGCACAAGCAACAAAUGUGCGAACACAUGACUAAUGUGCACACUUUUACUGCACAGGCCCAAAGAGAAGGAGACUCACUUGAGGUCCUGCAGAAGCUCUUUGGCGUUGAGCAUGGUGAUGAGGGAGGUGGUGGCGGCUGGGAUGAUGAUGAUUGGUGUCCGAGAUCCUGAAAACACACAGAGCACAAGAGACUACAGUCAGAACAGAAGCGCCAUGGCACACGGCACUGGGGAGGUCGACGACGAUGGAGAUAUAGAGGGAAGAGGGCAUCACUCGGGGUGAUGCAGCAGUAGAACUGGUAAGCUGAGACAGCGCUACAACUAGAAUUACACAAUCUGAGAGGAGGGCUAGAACAGAGCGGACGCCAAGCUGAAAUCUAGAGUGGCCACGGACCCUCAUCUCCAUCCGUCUGCCUCGACAACACUUGAACAGGGACCGGGGGUGCCGUUUUUGCAGUAACCCCUCCCCCUCCUCAAUCAUGCAAGCGACCAUCACAGGGCUUGCCAGGGUGACAACAGCAGCAGAACCACAGUUCUCGUAGCCACCUCCCCUUCACCACAGCCAAGGGGACAGCGCCACAGGCAGACGACCAGCGAUGGAGGACUCCCAGGGCCCUGCCCGCAGACUUCCUCAUGUGCGGAGCCGUUACGUGGACUGAAUGGUGGCAGGGCUCCACCUACACCAGGACCCCCUUGCGGAAUCAGAACAUAACCCUCCAUCUGAAUGGCAGUUCAGUGACUGAUGUGGUUAAAGAGCAUGGACUACUUGAAACUCAAUGACAGAAAAGAAGGCCAAAUUAGCCGACCCUGAGCAGCCGUGUGACACAAGACGCCUUAAGGUCCGACGGGGACCAGCGUUUGGGACUGGGAAUGGAAUCCUUCAAUGACAGGAUUCUGCCAUGACACGAUAACAACACUGCAACAUGGCGGCGGGCCCAAACCUCGGAGCGGGAUAGACUUCCAUGGAAGCUGGACAUAAACAUUGGACCUAGAGAUCCAUGCCAAACCCAUCAUCUCCAGGCCUCAGGAGCAAACGACCACUGACUGGAGGAGUGUGGCCCCCACUGGAUCCAACGGUCUCACCCCACCCAAGACAACAUGCAGUGGAGGCGGCGUCACUGCUGCACCUACAUGGCAGGUCUCUUGUAUCUACUCUCCCUGCUAGGAGUGCUGGUCUUUCUGGUCCACCAGGACUGGCUGCCGGGGCUGACAGGCACCCCGUGGAGGACAGGCCAUCCCAUGGACUAUGACAGUGGCGGGCUACACUCCACCAAGGCCAAAGGGAACCUCAGCUCCCGAAGCAGCCUGUGGAGAUUCGUCAUCGAUCCACUGCCCAACUUCAACAACGUCAGCUCCCUCCAGGAGGAUUCCAACGCCUCACCACAGGACAACCUGGUGCUCAACAGGACACUGAACGCUGAAAAUGCCAGCCAGAGCGCAGAGGGAGGCGUGAGCGGCAGGCUCACCUCCGGGCCAUACCCCUACAUCAUCAACGAGCCAGACAAAUGCCCAGAGGGGGAAGCUCCACCUUUCCUGGUGUUGCUGAUAGCCACAGAGGCUCGCCAGGUGGAGGCCAGGGAUGCCAUUCGACAGACGUGGGGUAACGAGAGUGUGACCCCCGGAAUUGGAAUCGCCCGCUUGUUCUUGCUGGGAGCCAACGAAGGGCAGCUGGGACACCUGCAGCAGAAGAUGCUGGAAGCGGAAAGCCUUCGGCACCACGACAUCAUCCAGCAGGACUUCCUGGAUGCAUACAACAACCUGACGGUGAAGACCCUGAUGGGGAUGAACUGGGUGGCGCUGCACUGCCGGCGGGCCAGCUACGUCAUGAAGACAGACAGUGACAUGUUCGUCAACACAGAGUACCUCAUCCACAAGCUGCUCAGGCCACUGCUCAAGAAGAGAGACUUCUUUACAGGCAACAACAUGAGAGGCUUCGCGCCAAACAGAAACGAGAACAGCAAGUGGUACAUGUCGCAGGAGUUGUACCCCAGCGACAAGUACCCCACCUUCUGCUCUGGGACGGGGUACGUGUUCUCUGGAGACUUGGCGGGCAAAGUGUACAGAGCCUCACUGAGCAUCCAGCACCUGCACCUGGAGGACGUGUAUGUGGGGAUCUGCUUGGCCAGGUUAGGGUUAGAGCCGGUGCCUCCGCCCAACGAGUUCCUGUUCAACCACUGGAGGGUGUCCUACUCUAGCUGCAAGUACAGCCACCUCAUCACCUCCCAUGGGUUCCAUCCUAGCGAACUGAUCAAGUACUGGAAUCACCUGCAGAUCAACAAGCACCAUGCCUGCAUCAACUCUUUAAAGGAGAAAAUGGGAAGGCUGCACCAAGGCAGAACCCAGUAACAACACACUCUGGUGGGGAGGGGACUUCACGUUGGUCCAUACAGAUGAAACACUUAUUCGGAUAAGGAUUCCCAUAUAUCCCAGUAAGCAAAUGGAAACCUCAAAACCGAUGGGGUUUUAAAGAAAGAAAGUCGAAGAUAUUAUGCUUUCAAUGAAUAAAAUACAAAAAUGUUUAAACCCUGAUGUCCAACAAAAAAAAAAAGCAGUUCAAGAAGAAAUAAAUGUGCUGUUUUGUUACAAUGCAAGCUUUACGUCCAUCAUACCCCUGUGCUCUCAUGGGCAUGCUCAAGUAAAUCAAUAAAUUCAAACAUCCAUAUUAUCAAGAAUUAGUCGCUUCAGUCUUGAAUGUCAGCUGGAAGAAAUAACCACUAGUUAACCACUUACUCUUAAAGAAUCAAUGGCAUGCUACUUUAUUGAUGCUUUUAUAUAGAUAUUAGUGGGCCCCAAACACAGCAUUUGAAAACGUUCCCCAAAUUCAGCCGUGGUGCAGAUUUACAGCCACUACGAGCCAUUCGCACAUUGAGCUUUCCCCAAAUGCGCCGUUUCGUUGUCUGUAGCUUUAAUGCAAAUGAAGAGGAGAGGCGGGUCAAGGAGGAGGGUGGGGGUGUGGCCCUGAGCAGCUUACAGCCACAGUACCAUGCACUCUGUAUACAGUGGAUGUAUCGCAAUGGCGAGGCACACACAGCCUUAGCCAUGUUCUGUAAAUAUUCCAGAACACACGCUCUAUAUCUAAAUAAUAUCAUAUUAUACAUAGCUAUCUAUAUGAUAUAAUAUAUAUUAUCACGGCCAAAAGCUGUGAGCCUCCAGACGAUAUUAUGAAUCUCAAACGGCCGCGUCGGGUUCUCCGAUGUCUCUGGUUCUUCCACAUCAAUCCGGAGUAGAAUGAACCACGACAUGGAGGAGAAAGGGAUUUCACCCGCUAUUGUUGACCGCGGUUGUCUCACGCCGGAGCCUCGCUGCCGAGGGACCAACGCCUCGGCAGCGCUCAGCGCUUAGGCACCACCGCCUCCUGCAGCGCAGAGGCGGUGGUCCCUCGGCAGCGGCAAGCGGGGCUCAAGCGGGAGACAUUCGCGGCCAAAAAUCCUUUUCUCCUCCAUGUCGUGGUUCAUGUACUUCAGGGAGUCAAAGCCUAAGUGAGAACCAAGUGCCAAGCACUAACAAUCGCAAGGUUAAACCAUUCCCUGAAUACAACAAAAAAACAUAGGAUAAGAUGCUACACAACCAAGAACUAUAACUAAGUACAACAUACAAUAAGUGCGCACAAUAAGGUAGGCGAUUCCAUUUUAAGCAUUGUUUCAACUAGUCAGCUUACCUUCCACAUAUUCAAUGACGAAACACAGAAGGCAUUAACAGCAUUAAACCACAAUUCUUGGGUCUUACCGUCACAGACUUCAAAGUCAUGCCGUGGUAGGUUCCCAUGGUGUCGAUUUUGAAGCCCUCCGUUUCUAGAGAAAUGAAAACGGGUAAACCAAAAGCCUUAGGCAUCUUCAACGCAACCGGAACAAGUGAUAAAGCAACAUUGGACCGUUGUAUUGAUCCUACAGCACUUGAAGUUAGCAUCAACAACGUGUGUGUUGGCACGGAGAACCAGCAGACUGACCUUCCUUCCCCUUGAAGCGCUCCUGGUCGUAUCUGUUGUAGGCAGCAGGCACCGGCUGUUUGCUUCUGGCAGACGGGUCCUGAGAAGGAAAAGGAAUGUACAACUAUUCAAAACAAAACUCAUUCAAUACUCUCAAUACUGUUGUACAGAUCACAUAGAGGCACACUCCUGUUGUUUUAUUGACAUAAACUAGCAUCAUGAAUAUUUAUGCAACACUAGCGAUACUGUACUUUAAGAAAUGUUUCAGAAAGGGGCCAAAACCCACAAUAACCCCAACAUUACGAUGUAGAACGCAUGAAACAGUUGAGAAUCCACAUGUCACUGUUACAGAAUCAGAAAACUUUAUUGAUCCCUUGGGGGGGAGAUUGUUUCGUUCCAGAUGCUCCGUACAAAUAUAAAUUACAAGCAUAGAAGAUAAGAUUAUAAAUAAAAUAAAAGUAAGAAUAAAGUAAGUAGUGGACAUCUCUAUGUGGGUUAUAUUCACAAAUUUACAAUACAAUAUUUACAUUUUGUUUUAUGUGCAAAUAGUAGCGAAAAUGAAGAGUUAUGAAUAAAUAAAUGAUAGCUUAUUUUAAAGUCAAGUCUGACUGGACAGACACAAAAUACAUCACAUUAAAACGACACACGCGUUGAUAGAUAGUUAGACAGAUAGGCCUAGAUAGAUAGAUAAAUAUGUUCCAUUAUUUGCCUUGCGGAGCCAGCCAGUCCUGUGCACCUAUGCAAAUUAGCCAUGUGCGCCAAUGUCAAUUUGUUUGACGAAUGAGUGCAGAUCAUGAUUUUUUUACUAUAGCACGCAACGUUUUCUUGUUCUCGGUUGUAAUUACAUUUUAGGAUUUUUUUUUUAUAUAUAAUAAUUAAUUUAACACACACACACACACACACACACACACACACACACACACACACACACACACACACACA